AUGACUGGUUACGAAACGCAGUUUUCUGCGGACACGGGAGCCCGGGUUGUGGCGGUGGUGGGUGCUGACGUGGUGAGCCCGUACGGCGGUGCCACGUGGGACGAAGUGAUACGACAAAUGGCUCGCAGAGUCAACUGGGUGGAACCUUCCGUGCAGCUUCUCGUCUUCUCCUCCUCGUCCCUCUCCCCCUCCUCCUCCUCCCACUCCCUCUUCCUCUCUGCCGCCCAGCAAGCCGAUCUCCUAUUGGCUGUCGCCGUGAACAGUGCCGAGUCCGCCGCCCAGCUCGUCCCUAUCUUUUCAGCCGCCCCUGCCCGGAUGGCCUUUGACUGCCACGUGUCGCUCUCUGAGCUCACCUCGCUGGGCGGGCUGAACCCGGAAAAGCUGAACCUGCCCCAAAAGCUCGCAGCAAAAUGGGGAUGGUGGAAGGAGGGCGCGAAGGCCGUUCAGACGUACACCCUGGUUGAAUCCUGCUGGGAGCGUCGCAGUGCAGACGACAUUUGGUUUGUCAUCCUCGCUCUCGUCAACGCCUACAUUGUCGACGUGCCCGCUCUGCGCAACCUGCGGGCGGCAGACUCGUCCUCUCUGCAGUGCAUGGUCGGCAACUGCGGGCCCAUCAUCAUCGAGUGUUUCCUGGACGAGCAGUGCCGGACGGCUAUCAACUGCCUCAAUGAGUGCGGUCCCACGGACCAGGUGUGCAGCUAUCGCUGCAUUGUCUCUUACGAGACCCCCAAGUUUGAAGCCUUCUCCCUCUGCGUCCUGCAGAAGCACAACUGCCUUGGUAUGACAGCUGAAAUCCGCGACCGCCCCACCGUGCUCCCCCUCACACACCUUCGCGGGCAGCCCGUCACGCACGAGCGGGCAGAAGAUAUUUUCGUCGGGUGGCUCGGACAGCUGCCCUGGAGCUGGCGGGUCGUGGCCGGGCAGAAUGCCGCUUACGACCAGUUCCCGUGCCAGUUUCAGAUAUUUUACCGAGGCAAGGCGCGAGGCUCGGUGUGGUACGACCCUGUUUUCACGAUCAACACUCUUGAUGGACGGUCGCUAUGGCGCCGCCGCCACUACCGCGUGCGACGCGGGAAGGUUCCCGGAACCUUCACCUUCACAGUGCUCGACAACGGGGUAAUCUCGGAGGAAUUCUGGCGAAUCGUGGACGUAACAGACGAUUUCCAAUGGGCGCUCUUUUACUACAGUGGCGCCGCACGGGCGGCAGGGCAGUCGUACACCGGGGCUGUGCUUGUGUCCAAGGAUGGAGAGUGGCCCGGACCUGAGCAUGCGGUUCGGCUCAAGGCUGCACUGGAUCGGUGCGGGAUCAAGGAGUGGGAGCUGUACCGGGUUGAUAACUCGUGCUGUGAGAAUGCGCCCUUGGGAUUGCCGGAUGAUGCUCCUGCUCCUGUUUCAAUAGCAUAA